AACACGCAACCACCUUCAGCCAACAAAAUAUUAUCAAACACACACAACGAAAAGACAGAAACACACAGAAUCAAGAAGAAAAAUGACAAAAGUUCACCCAAAGUUCUCAAACACUUACGAGAAAAGCUUGUGUGAUAGUAAAGCAACUGUAGCUUUAACGGUGUGGAAGAAGUCUCUUCUCUUCAACUGUGAUGGAUUCACAGUUUACAACUCUAAUGGAGAUCUCGUCUUUAGGGUUGACAACUACAUGAACUCACCUAGAGACAACAUCGUCCUUAUGGAUGCUUCCGGCUUGCCCCUUCUCUCCAUCCGCCGCAAGAAGUUGAGCCUGGGAGAUUGUUGGGGGGUAUACGACGGAGAAACACAAAGAGAUCCAUUAUUUACGGCAAAGAAAAACGUUAACAUACUAACAAACAAGAGGAGCUUGGUGUGGGUUAGCACGAAGAAAACAGUACUAUACGAGAUUGAAGGAUCAUAUGGGCAGAGAAGCUGCAAAAUAGUGGACGUGAGGAGAAACAAGAAGAAAACAGCAGAGAUCAAGAAGAAAGAUGCAAUGGUUGGAGGAGGUUCCUUUGGCAAAGAUGUGUUUAAACUUAUAGUUGAAGCGGAGAUGGAGCCUCGUGUGGCCAUGGCAUUGACCAUCAUUCUCGACCAAAUGUCAAGAUCUUAUUGAUUUUUCAAGCUUUUGUAAGUAUAUAUUAGUGUUCCCUUUUUGUUAUGUAAUUUAUGCAUGUGUGUUCUUAUAUGUUACACAUGAACAGAAACAACUUUUGUUUUCAGUUUUUGAUUUUAGCCUUGAUACUCUAUACAUAAAUGAAAUCGAUUAACGGUGUA